GGGACCGCAGCUGGGAGGGCGGCGACCGAAGGGAGGGGGGCAGGUGGCGUCCCCAUGUCGCGGGGUCCCGGGCGUGACGCGUCCGCGCCGCCCUGAUUGGAGCCCUCUGGGCGCCCGAUUGUAUAAAGCGCUUUCAGAGCUGCGCUCCCUCCGCGAAAGUGACAGACCAGAGGGCCCAGCCUCGCCGCCGGAGAAGCCAUGACCGGCAGAGACGCGCUUUCCGACGGGCGUGCCAGAAGCAGAGCGCUGGUGCCCGGAGGCCCGUCCACCGGCUCGCGCCCCCGGGGCUUCGCCAUCACCGACCUGCUGGGCCUGGAGGCCGAGCUGCCCGCACCUGAGGGCCCUGGGCCGGGAUCUGGGUGCGAAGGCCCGGCAGCCGCGCCCCGCGCGGGCCCAGGGCUCGGAGGCUCCUGCCCGGCACGCGGAGCCCUUCCGUUGGGCCUCGGCCUCCUCUGCGGUUUCGGCGCGCAGCCCCCUGCGGCUGCCCGGGCACCCUGCCUGCUCCUCGCCGACAUGCCCUUCCUGCCUCCCGAGGGGCCUGAGCCCCUCGCCCCGCGCUUCCCCGGCCGCCCACCGCCCUCGGCCGCCUGCCAGAAACGCAGCGAGAGCGUGUCGACGUCCGAUGAGGACAGCCCUUCUGAAGACAGGAGUGACCGGAAGGCAUCCCCGGCCCCCAGCAAAAGGAAGAAGAGGAGGCACAGGACCGUUUUCACUGCCCACCAACUGGAAGAGCUGGAGAAGGCCUUCAGUGAGGCCCACUACCCUGAUGUGUAUGCCCGGGAAAUGCUGGCCGUGAAGACUGAACUCCCCGAAGACCGAAUACAGGUCUGGUUUCAAAACCGGAGGGCCAAGUGGCGGAAGCGAGAGAAGCGCUGGGGCGGCAGCAGCGUGAUGGCCGAAUACGGGCUCUACGGGGCGAUGGUGCGCCACUGCAUCCCGCUGCCUGACUCCGUCCUGGGCUCUGGGGAGGGCGGCCUGCUGGGCUCCUGCGCACCCUGGCUCCUGGGGAUGCAUAAAAAAUCUGCAGGGACAAUAAGGAAAGCAGAAAGUGAAGAAAAGCUGGCAGGACUCUGGGGCUCUGACCGCCUCAAGGAAGGUUCUAGCCCCCGUCAGGCGGGACCCCAGAGGGGCUUGGAGGAAGGCAGUCCUGUGAGCAGUGUGGAAGACGUGGUCAUUGAUCUCUCCAGCUCCACACGCCAGGAGACUGAUAGAGCACAGCAGGGGGUCGGGGCCCAAGGACGUCCAGACUCUGAGGGGCUGGAGGGGCUCCAACCUGGGAAGGAGGGGGCCUUAUGAGACCCUAGGCCUCUACCUGCAACACGCAAAGGCUGGAAAUGUGCGCAUUCCUCACCAGCAUUUUUCAGAAGACAAACGUUGUCCAAGACAAAUGCUCUCAGCUGGAUUUUCUUCUUCCUGUGUCAGGAUAAAAUGCAAUGUCACUUGCUUUAAGAAGACAAAUGGUGACUCUUGGAACAUUCCACUGCAUUCUAGAAUGGAAAUCAUUCCUUGAAGGCACGUGAAUCAAUUAAUUAGAUCUAACACUUGCAUUCUCUUCUGUAGGUAGAACUUGAGGAGGGAGGAUUUCAAGCCCCAAACGCAUUCUCACUGCCAGACAUUCUGAGGUUUGGUUCAGUAGACUGUGUGGAUUCAUAGGCUAAGUAUGCUGUCUUUACACUGAAUCAAAAAAUACAAAAGUAUUUAAUCUACAGAGAAUCAUAUAUCUUCAUAAAUAGUGAAGACCUUGUGCAGCCCCCAUAUGAUUGAAAUAUGAUAUUCUUACCU